UCCGCACAGGAGGCGGGGAGCGGGCGGGCGCGCGGGGUUGGGAAGCAGCUUCGUUGUUUUUUUGCUGCUCCGCAUCCCCGCUCCGGACGAUAUCCGGGAAGAGGACCUGCCGCAACCCAGCCGACCCCUCCCCAGCAGCCUGGGCCCGGAACUGCUGCCUCCCCGCGGAGGCAGCGCUGCAGUAACUUACAGCUCUCCCUGCCCGUUUUAAUCGCUUGCAAUGAGGAUCCAUCUGGCCAGAAGAUGGACUUGGCUGGGCAGAAGCUGCCUGUUGCUUGGCCUCUUGAUGAUUGCUUACUUCGUAGUGGAGCUGUGUGUUUCUACCUUCCAUGCCUCCUUCACCGGAGACAGCGUCACCAAUGGGAGAUGGGAGAGGCACUUUUCUGACAGACCAGAAAAAGCAGAGGAUUUGGCUCGUCCAGUUUAUGAAAAAUCCCCUCCUGAUUCUUCUGCGCUAGGAGAAUGGGGUAAAGCCUCUCGUCCACAGUUGACACCUGAGGAAAAGAAACUAGAAGAAGAGCUGAUUGAAAAAUAUGCAAUUAAUAUUUAUUUGAGUGACAAAAUAUCUCUGCAUCGUCACAUACAGGACAAUCGAAUGUAUGAAUGUAAAGACAAAUCUUACAACUAUAGAAAACUUCCAACUACAUCCGUUAUAAUUGCUUUCUAUAAUGAAGCUUGGUCAACCUUACUGCGGACAAUUCACAGCGUUCUUGAAACAUCUCCUGCAGUACUUCUAAAAGAGAUUAUACUAGUGGAUGACUUGAGCGAUAAAAUAUAUCUGAAGGCUGAACUUGAAAAGUACAUUAGUAACCUGAAAAGAGUUCGUUUGAUAAGAACCAGCAAACGAGAAGGACUGGUUCGUGCACGCUUAAUUGGAGCUACCUUUGCUACUGGUGAUGUCCUCACAUUCCUAGACUGUCAUUGUGAGUGUAACUCUGGUUGGCUGGAACCACUUUUAGAGAGGAUUGUUGAGAAUGAGACUGUGAUCGUUUGUCCUGUUAUAGAUACCAUUGAUUGGAAUACAUUUGAAUUCUACAUGCAGAUGGGGGAGCCCAUGAUCGGGGGAUUUGACUGGCGAUUGACAUUUCAGUGGCAUUCUGUACCUGAACACGAACGUCAAAGAUGGAAAUCUAAAACUGACCCCAUUAGAUCCCCAACUAUGGCUGGUGGGCUAUUUGCAGUUAGUAAGAAAUAUUUUGAGUAUCUUGGUACAUAUGACACAGGGAUGGAUGUCUGGGGUGGGGAGAAUUUAGAACUAUCAUUUAGGGUGUGGCAGUGUGGCGGCACGUUGGAGAUCCAUCCUUGUUCCCAUGUAGGCCAUGUGUUUCCAAAGCGGGCUCCAUAUGCGAGGCCAAAUUUCCUUCAGAACACAGCACGUGCUGCUGAAGUGUGGAUGGAUGAGUAUAAAGAACAUUUUUACAAUAGAAAUCCUCCAGCAAGAAAAGAAAAUUAUGGUGAUAUUUCUGAAAGAAAACUACUAAGAGAGCGUUUGAAAUGUAAGAGUUUUGACUGGUAUUUGAAAAAUAUUUUUUCCAACUUACAUGUACCAGAGGAUCGUCCAGGCUGGCAUGGAGCUAUCCACAGUAUGGGAAUAUCAUCAGAAUGUCUAGACUACAAUUCACCUGAACAUAAUCCUACUGGGACUCAUGUGUCUCUCUUUGGAUGUCAUGGUCAAGGAGGCAAUCAGUUCUUUGAAUAUACAUCGAGUAAAGAAAUUAGGUUUAACUCUGUGACUGAACUGUGUGCUGAAGUCCCUGAACAAAAGGAUUUCAUUGGCAUGAGGAACUGCCCAAAAGAUAGAUCCCCUAUCCCAGAAAAUAUCAUAUGGCAUUUUAAAGAGGAUGGGACUAUUUAUCAUCCUCAUUCAGGAAAGUGCCUUAGUGCUUAUCGUACUUCUGAGGGUCGGCCUGAUGUGCAAAUGAGGACUUGUAAUGCUGCAGAUAAAAAUCAAAUUUGGAAGUUUGAGAAAUAAAAUGGCCAUUGAUGAUAGUUAUUAUCUGAAGAACUUCAGAGUAAAUUAGUGGCUAGCUAUGAUUUGAUACAUGAAUUUCCUCUGAGAGCCUUCCCUGUAGUAGUUUAGGAACUGAAUCUCCUAUGCUGAAGUGUACGAAAGUGGGUUGGCAAAUACUGGGAAUUAAUGUUUAAAAGUGCCUUUGUACUGACUUAAGGUUUUUAUUUUUGUAGGGUCUUGAUUCAUUAUUGCUCACAUUUCAGUUUAUAUUUUAGUUUUAGGAAAAACAUGACCUGUUUUAGACCUGAAGAGUUCUUACAUCAAGUGAAAGAAAAUCUAUGUUACUUUAGAUUAAGGUUAAGAAUUUAAAUCUAGAGAAGUUAAGGUUCUCACAGCAAUGUUUACUUAGCUAUAUUGCAGAUAUGUAUUAUGACAUAAAUUCACAGAAUAAAUAAUACAGUAGUACAUGGCUGAGUUAACAUUGGUGUUGGAAGUAGAACCUUAAUCCUUAGUCCGUUGUAUAAUCAUCCAGGUGUUUACUUUAUUGGGGAUCUGCCAACUCCUAAGGGUUUUGAAGAGGUCAUAUUAUUUUUAAAGGAAUGAAAGUUUCUAUUGCCUAACUACGUGGAAGACAGGAAACAUUAGGACUGGCCAGGCUUCAUUCCUUAAUUCAUAUCCCCCUCCACAUGUGAACACCUCUUCAGUCUUGCCCUAGUUCCUGAAAGCAAUUUGAUUCUUCAACACCUGCCCCGCCCACCCUAAUGCUAGAGGUAGUGGAACUAGAAAGAUGGGCUAGCAGUAUGAGAAUGUUAGCCAGGUGGAGUUUGGGGGGUGGGAAGGGGAUGGUUAGGGGUGGGAGACUAUUGAGUGUGUGGCUGGCGAGCCCAAAAUAGUGGGUAAGAACCUGGUGCAUUUAUCUUGAGUGUGAGAGAGAAAAGGAUGGGUGUCAUGUUGAUAUUUGUCUCUCAUCUUUGAAUUCUCAGAACUAGUAUGCACAUUCUGAGUGCUCUAAGCAGUAGCUAGCACUCAAUUUCUGGACAUUUGUUUAUAUUCUCAAAACUACCAUUAUGUUUACAUAAUCUUUUGCAUUCUUUCUUGUGUUUUUUUUUUUCAUAUAUGUAAUAUUUUAUAUACCAGUAUGUUAGGAGGUAAAGAGGUGCUGUGUGGAUAACAACAUUAAGGCAGUGGUUCUCCACCUAUUUACUGUUGUGGGAUGCAUAUGCAGCUCUCUAUGUGUUAUGUGGGCCACAUUCACUCAAUAUGUAUAUGGCCUGUGUGGCCCUGAGGAUGUCAUAUGGGCUGCAACUGUGUACUGAUUGGACCUGCAGGCUGCAGGUUGAGAACCAUUGCACUAAGGUGUUUGUUUAAAUGUGUGACCAUAGAUAGGAUGAUCAAAUAAAGUUUCUUAGGUGUGUGAUCAUUGGAUUGCAUAUUCUAGAAAAAGUACAAUGCCAGUACCAAGUGUUUUGGGGCCUCUACAUGAUUCUUCUAGGCACUGGCUUAAGCUUUGGCAAAUCCAGGGGUUUUUUUUUCGUUCUGUAUUCAUCUUGUGCUGUCUAUCAGUAGCCACCAUAUACCAAAUCUUGAUCUUGGACUGACAGCUCUUACCUUCAGAUAGAGAGCCACAAAUUAAUGACAGAAAGUGAACAUAAAAAUCUGGGGAAGGUCUAGUGGGAUAUAGUAGGUGGUGUUGGUUCAUUACUCCAGGGCUAGGCAGAAGGGAAAGGAGAUGGCUGUUUGGAGGGAGAAAGUGGGGUCGUAAAAGGGCUAGGGACUUUCUAGAAAUAAUGAGGCAAGAAGGAAAAGGAUGUGUGUUCAGAGGUAUUUCUAAGAAUUUGUGAAGGAUUGGAGGGAGGAAGGGAAAGAAGUGACCAGCAAGCUGGGGCAAGAGUUGCUAGGAUGGAAGAGUGACUAGAUGAGGAAGGUUUCAGAGCAGCAGCCAUGUUAGUCUGUAUUCGCAAAAAGAAAAGGAGUACUUGUGGCACCUUAGUCUCUAAGUCACCUUAGUCUCCACAAGUACUCCUUUUCUUUUUAGAUGAGGAAGAUUCUGGAUUAGGGGUGUAGUGCAGGGCCAUACUAAAAAUGAUUGCCACUAUGUGGUGCUGGGCAUUAUAAGUCUCUGUAAUUUAUUUUAACAUGACUAAUUUGAAAUCUGAUUUGUAUAAAUUGAUACAGAAUAAGGGAAUUGUCACAUUAUAUUGAUCAGCAAGGCAGUCUUUUGCACAUUCCACCAAACCUGACGUGCCAAGGAAUACCUCUGCAUUCCUCUGUAGACCUACUACUUUGAGAGACUACAGCCCAUGACAUGCUGAAAGAGCAAGCUUUAUAUGGUCAUAUGCAUUUGUGAAAGCCUUACCAUAAAUAAAUUUGUUUGAGCAUGCACACUUCCAAACGAAUUCAUGCUUGCAUAGGCAUCUACCUUGUAUGCCAUGCAUACUUACUGUAUUGAGGGAAAUGAAGUAUUGUGCAUGCAGACUAUGCAAUUUUUAUUCAAUUCUAACAUUUAUUAUUUUUUAAAAACCUAGCAAACAGUGUGUUCCUUUUGGAGGACUAUUUUAUGAAUUGGAAAUUUAAAAAUAACUUGUUGGGCUGUCUGAGCAGAAAAUAAGAAUGAACAAGUUUCUUAAAUAUUACACUUUUUUCAAGGCACUUAUAACUGACAAACAAUUCAAGAGAACUUUCUUAUCCCAUAUUUCAGGUUUUUUAAACAGAAAAAUAAGACUAAGAAUGUAACACUUCUGCCCAAUAGAAGCAAUUUUUAUAAUAUUAUAAAGAUCUGAUAAUAGGAACUUGGAAAUGGCAAUCUCAACCAUAAUUGAAGCAUUGCUACUGUAAUCUUUUAAUUCUGUGUACGGAUUUCUGGAAAAUCUGAAACUCUCCGAAACAAAGGUAUAAAUAUAUCUAUUUUUAAUUCUAUCAGUUUUAUGAGAAUUUUGGGGAAAAUAAAAUUACUGUAUGUGGAUUUUAAACUACUGAUUUUAAAUGAUAAAAGGAACUAUGUAAAUUUAACAUUGAUUAAAUGUAAGCUUUUUGU